CAAUCUUUCCUCUCAAGCAGACGAGGACUCCAACAUCAUGUAGGCUACAUGUUCGUUAAAGGCAUUUAGUCAUCGAUCUAUUAUGAUUAUUCUAUACAAAGUAUUCUGGAAUAUGAAGACAAUUCGACAUAAUGAAUUCUGAAGAAGGAUGCUGCGGACUGAGAACGCCGUGGAGAAAUUAUUGAAGUGAACCAGCGGAAAGAAUCGAAUGGCUUCUGUAGAGCUGCUUUAUAUAGAUAAGGAAGGAAGAGGUAGACAACCCGUUCCUCCCUGCGCCCUUGACUGGGCUCUCUCUAUCUCAGYUCCGGGCUGCAAAGGACUGUGUAAUUCAGCACCAAGGACGGUUCCCCAUAACGGAGGUCCGCAUCCUAAACACCGUCACCCUGCGGUGGAGAAGGUCAACGUGUGCUGCGACGAAGAAUUAGAGACAUCUUUCACCUACGUCGACGAGAAUGUGAAUUUGCGCCUGGCAAGCCCUGGGAAAAGUGGGGAAAGUAUCCACAAAUCCUGGUGUAGGCCUAAUGACUGCGCGAGCGACAUUCGGCCCGAGGGGUUGCAUGAGCUCUCCCUAAUGUCAGAUGAUGAUCUCGCAUCAGAAAAUUCGGGGGCAUCUGUAGAUUACGGUUUUAUAAGCGCGGUCACUUUCCUAGUCACCGGGAUCUCGUUAGUAAUUAUAUCCUAUGCAGUCCCUCGCGAGGUCAAAGUGGACCCGGAGAGCGUGUCCGCGAGGGAGAUGGAGAGGCUGGAAAUCGAAAGUGCCAGGGUAGGGGCACACCUGGAUAGGUGCGUAAUAGCAGGGCUUUGUCUACUGACGCUGGGCGGGGUAGUGCUGUCCACUCUGCUAAUGAUAUCUAUGUGGAAGGGAGAGAUGUACAGGAGAAAAGCCUUUGCAUAUUCCAAGCACUCAGGGAAACGAUAUGGCUCCAUCAAUUUAAAAACGAGAUCUAGCCCUAGUCGGUCGUCCGCGCACCUGUCUAUGAAGGAAGAGAUAGAUGAGACCUUGAAUUAAAACGCAAUCCUGUUGAGAAAAGACUUUGUCUUGUGUUACUAAGACAGAGCAACACAAUACAGCAUGAUGCAGGUACUCCAGGCCCAAAGCGUGCAACCUGAAUCUAUCAGUCGGUCUACCUACAGAACAUUAGCGUAACUGUUAAAAUAUUAAUUUGUUUUAAUAUUCAAGAUGAUGAAAUAUUAAUUGUCUUAUAUUAUCAUCUCCAUAUAAUUGAAUGGACAUGCAAGGUAUAGGCUUAUUUAAUCACGUAAGCAACAAAAAAAAUUAUACAGAAUGAAUAAGCAUGACAACAACAACAAAAAAAUAUAAAAAACAUCUACGUUUUUAAAAAACGUGUUAUUGGAAAUGGAAAAUGCUGUGUCACAUUUUUCAUAGAUGAAAUCUCUGAGAGAUUUCAUUUAUUAUGAAGGUGAUACGUGUUUUCUGUGAAAGUGUCCGACAGUCAGUAAUAUGAUGCAUACACAUAUUUUAGAGGGAAAAGUGUCUGUCCCAUGAGUUUAGAAAGUGAGAUGUAUUAGCCUAGUCUAGUGCAUCAUAUCAAAUCUGAUAUGACAGAAUCUGCUCAGUGGUGCACAUGCUAACAGCCAAUGACCUUUUUAACUUCCUCAGUGUGGGUGAGCAUAAUUCUCACUGUGGUUUCUCACUGAGUGUGUAUGUGUAUGUGUGUGUGUAUGGAGGGGGGUCACUUAAUCACACAUGAAAGACUUGCCCCAGUUUAUAAAGCUGUCCUGUAGUGUGCUGUGCUGUGCUGUACUGUACUGUACUGCACAGUUCAAAGAACCUACUUACUUCUAAUGUACUGUACCUGCAGUAAAUGCAAUUAUCAUACUUGAAUGAUCACGCAACAUGAGAACUCACUGGAUCACAAUAUAACAAUGUAAUUAAUAGGUAUCUUUAAGAGAAAUAGGGUUUUAAUUUAUAGGCUAGGCCUACGCUACCAAUKUUUUUAUUAUAGGCCACUAAUGGACGUACAUCCUACAACACUCUAAACCGUAUUGUAUUCCUUUGAGAAGUCUCAGAUAUGCCUUUAAAAUGUUACUGGAAUAGGGAUCUAUUUCUUUUAACAAACCAGAAAUGAUGGGUGCAACAAAAAUAGAAAAUGUUCUAUUUAGUUCAUAGAACUGUUGGUUGAGAAUUAUUUUCUUUAUGGUGAAGUGAGACACAUCACCACUAUAAUUUGCAAUCAUCUCUGUAUUUGUAGGCCUACUACAGUAGCCCAUAAGACAAGAGGCAUUGAAAAUGGUUCCAUCAUUGCUCCUCCUCUGAUUUCAAUUCUUCAAAGCCUUUAUUCAGAAUCACAAGUGUUUGCCUCCAGGGAAAAGAUGCUCUUUGGUUAUCACUAGAAACAGCUAAGUCAUGUUGUCGUUUUGUGGGGCAAAUUCAUUUUGUUGGCUAUUAAUUAUGCUUCCAUUCGUUUGCCCUGUCAUGUGUUUUCCAUACUGUUCGAUGAUGCAUAUACGGUAAUGGAAUAAAAUAUACACCCCAAGACCAACAGAAACAUGGUAAGACUGUUGUUACUUUAACUGUAAUGAGACCCUGUCUUUUGUGACAG